AUGUUCUACUUACCUUCAGCCCGGCGAUGGCUGCUGCUGACUCUGAUCGUCCUCGGUCUCAUCAUCUCUCUUCACAUCUCGCAGCGAUGGCACUCAUCUCAUUACGCCCUCCUUACAGCAGCUCUACAAGCCUACACUCAACGAGAUCACCAAGUCACCACUGUCAGUGUCAGCGACAGUUGGCUCUCCUUCACUGACGGUGUAUCUCGAUCUCAAUCACAACCUCAACACGUCGACGGAGAAUACCUGUCACUACCAAUCCCUCGAGCGCACCCUCUCGUACGUAGCCUCCAGGCCUGCGCGACCGGGACAGUCAAUCCAACCAUCUCGCACAUCCGCCUGCCCAACGUCCUGUACAACAUCACAUUCACGCCUCCCGAUGCUCCUCACGACGAUGCAAUGCGGUUUUUCAAUCCGGCCAUCAUCCCGUUGCCGCAUUGGUCCUCGUCAGACUCACCUGGUGACGGGCCGAAGUACAUCCUGAUAUCCCGCCUCGUGACCGCAGGCUUCCACCAGGAGUCACACAUCUGCCUGGCUGACAUAUGCUUACCUGCCGCCUCGUACUCGGCGGCUUUGCCACCAGACGCCCGCUCCUGCACCAAUGCUGACACCACCCUCCUCGGCAACCUAGGUGGCAUGCGCUGCAUCACACCGCCGCUGAGGAUCAACAUCCCGCCAACCCCAGCCGAACAGUGUAACGGAGCGUGGUCCGCGUUCCCCGAUAUCCCGGGCUUCCACGACCCGCGCGCAUUCUGGUCCGGCAAAGGCGAGCCCCUGAUCCUGGUCAACUCGGCGAGUCGGUAUGCGUGUGUCGGACUGUGGCUACUGGACCUGCGCACCAUCGUGCCCGAUCUCGAGAAGUUGUUGAGCCGAGGGAAAGGUAAAGAUACUGUGGCGUUAGGCAGGGUGAUGAGUUAUCCGCUCUUGACCGAAAUCACGCGCAAUCCGAGAUCGAGUCGCGCAAGUGUCGAGAAGAACUGGGUGCUGUGGUUUCCGGGGCGGGACGAGGCGUACGUACAAUAUGAUCUGCUUGGACCUGUGUUGGCCGGGGGCGAGACAGUCAACAAGAUCACCACGAAUGGGACGGCCAAGCAGGGCAACAGCCGCAGAAACGGUACGACAACAAGACCAGCGGGACGCGCAUUCGCCAAACUAAUCGGCAAUGGCUAUACGACGCCGAACAUGACGCAUCCGGAAGAAGUGCCAUGCUUCGGACCCCAGGAUGAGAUGGACACUCUGGGAAACCAUGGCCAUUGGCAUCAGGGCUCGAAUUCUCUGCGUCUCCUGCUGUGCACUCGCGCGCAGGCGCGGAAGGGAGCAUGUGAUGAGGAGCAGGCGGUGCAGGACGGAAGGUCGGUUCAUCUCGCGAUCAUGCAUCGCAAAUUCACCAAUGAGAUGGACUUGCCUUUACGGUAUGAGAGGUACGUUGUUGUCUGGGAGAGUCGUGCGCCGUACCAGAUGCUCGCUGUGAGCAAGUGGCCGUUGCUGAUGAGGAAUGAGCGAGCGAAUCCCUGGACAGCCGAGCAGAACUGGCCGGAUAACAAGAGUGGCUGGAAUGGGACAGUACGAGGGACGAUGUCCGAGGGGAGGAUGAGGCCCAAGAGAAACCAAGGCGAGAAAGACCCUGAAGAUUUCAAGAGCACUGCUUAUUUCACGUACACGCCGAGUCUGGCUUGGGCCUGGAGACCUCAUUCUGCAGGUGUUGGCGAUGAAGAGGAAGAAGAUGCCGACACUGAAACAAUGUCGCGUCUUGGGAUAGGGUAUCUGGGUGAUGAUGUCCUGGUCGGAAUCGGGCUGGACGACGUGAGCCAGGUCUUUGCCCGAGUCAAGGCAGAUGAUCUGGUGCAGUGUGUGAGGCUUUGCCCUGGAGUCAAGUUUGCUGAUGAAGCGCGUACGGCAGGGUAUCCUGGUUGA